AUAAUGGGUUGGAGGGACGAUCCUCGAACAACCGGCCGGUACCAUUUUAUUACCCGCGACGAUGAUUCCGGCAGCCGCGUUGACGGUGUUGCUGCUGCAGCUCGGCCUCUCGACGGCGGCGGCUCAGGUUACGCCAAGUGCAGGGCCACCGCCACCGCGCUGCCCGACCAGCUGCGGCGGCGUGACCGUGCCAUACCCGUUCGGCAUCGGCGACGGCUGCCACCGGCCGGGGUUCAACCUCACCUGCGACCAGACGCGCGGCGGAGAGCCGCGGCUGCUCGUUGGUGGCGACCUCCAGGUCCUGGAGAUCUCCCUGGCCAAAUCAACGGUGCGGGUCGUGGACGCCGCGGGUCAGGUCAAGCUCACCUUCUCCGGGGGGCUCGACGGCACCGGCACGUGGGGCGGGCUCGACGCCGGCGGCCCGUACGUGUUGUCGGAGACGCGCAACCAGUUCGUCGUGACGGGGUGCAACGUGCAGGCCACGCUGCUCGGGGACGGCGGCAGCGGCAGCGGCGGCAACGUCGUCAGCUGCUGCUCCUCCUUCUGCUCCAUCAACGACAAGUGGACGGGCGCCGUGACGAGCUCCACUGGCUACGGCGGCGGCGCAUGCUCCGGCAUCGGCUGCUGCGACACACCCAUCCCCAUCGGCCGUCCGUCCUACGGCGUGGAGAUCAAGUCGCUGGAUUCCAGCAACGAGUACGCCGACCGGCUGCCCAUCGCGGUGCGCAUCGCCGAGAGGGGUUGGUUCGAUGGGGCCUCCGUCGCGCUCCUCAACGACUCAACCGGGUACUCGCCCACGCGCCGGCCGGCCGUGCCCGUCGUCCUUGAUUUCGCAAUAGAUUCCAUGCCGGUGGUGGUGCCAGGGGUGGCGACGUCGGGCUGCCCCGUGGACACACGGAGGAGCGCGUGCCGAAGCAGUCAUGCCUCCUGCCGCAACGUCUCCGGCAUCUACCGCAGCGGCUAUGUUUGCCGGUGCCUGGACGGGUACCAGGGCAACCCAUACCUCUCCGGCGGAUGCCAGGACAUCGACGAGUGCAAGCUGCCGGGCAUGUGCUUCGGCCAGUGCACCAACACCGGCGGAGGGCACCUAUGCCGGUGCCCGCAUGGCGCCCAAGGCGACCCGCGCAUAAGAAAUGGCUGCAUCAAAUCUUCUCUAGGUUUAAGUGUCGGCGUUGGAGUUGCCAGUGGAGUGGGGCUUCUAAUCAUGGCAUUUGGUGUCAUUUUGGUGACGCGAAAGAUGAAGCAACGGAGGACAAAAAUGCUCAAGAAGAGAUUCUUCAAACAAAAUCGAGGGCAUCUGUUGCAACAAUUGGUGUCUCAGAAGGCUGACAUUGCUGAGAGGAUGAUCAUCCCCUUGGCGGAGCUACAAAAGGCCACGAAUGAUUUCGAAAAAGCUCGCGAGAUUGGUGGAGGAGGGCAUGGCACGGUGUACAAAGGGAUCAUGUCGGACCUUCAUGUCGUGGCGAUCAAGAAGUCCAAGGUCGCGAUUCAGAGGGAGAUUGAUGAAUUCAUAAAUGAGGUAGCCAUCCUCUCGCAGGUCAACCAUCGGAAUGUGGUGAAGCUCUUUGGGUGCUGCCUAGAGACGGAGGUGCCAUUGCUAGUGUACGAGUUCAUUUCCAAUGGGACCCUUUACCAUCAUCUUCAUGUCCAAGAACCCAUGCCAUCCCUUACAUGGGAAGAUCGGCUAAGGAUCGCAACUGAAACUGCAAGAGCUCUCGCCUACCUUCACUCGGCCGUUUUGUUCCCUAUAGUCCACAGGGAUAUCAAAUCACAAAACAUUUUGUUAGACGGAAGUCUCAUAGCAAAGGUGUCGGACUUUGGAGCUUCUAGGUGCAUUCCGGUCGAGCAAAAAGGGCCCACAACUGCUAUCCAAGGGACAAUUGGGUACCUAGACCCCAUGUACUACUACUCGGGACAGCUGACCGAAAGGAGCGACGUCUACAGUUUCGGCGUCCUCCUCAUGGAGCUUCUUACUAGGAAAAAACCGUGCUCAUAUAGGUCAUCCCAGGAGGAAACUCUUGUCGCAUAUUUCACCGCUUCGCUAGCAGCAGGCAAGCUGGUUCGAGUGCUAGAUCCUCAGGUCAUCAAAGAAAGUGGCAAGGAGGUUGAAGAGGUGGCUAUGUUGGCAGUGGCAUGCGUCAGGAUUGAAGGAGACUACCGACCAACCAUGAGGCAAGUGGAGAUGACACUCGAGAGCCUUGGGGUCUCUCAUGAUAGCUUUGUCAUGCAUGACAUGGAUGUGGUGAAGUAUCCAGUGAUUAAGGGUACAAACUUGGAGGAAACAAGCCGGCAGUAUAGCUUGGAAGCAGAGUAUUUGUUAUCAUCAAGGUACCCCCGGUAGUUAAUCUAUUUCUUGUGUGGCUAGUUUAAUUUGCCAAUUAAUGAUACCUUCUAUAAUUGGAUAUAAACAAGGUUGUAAUUAAUGGUUUGUGUGGUAAUGUAAUAUUUUAUGAAGGAAACAACGAGACUCAAUAUAUGUGUCUAU